AUGCAUAUUUGCAUUUUUUUUUUUUUUGGAGAUUACAUUCGUCAUCCCAUUUUAUACGAACUUAGUCAUAAAUAUGGCUUACCUACAUCCGAUGGAGUGCCAGAAGCCGUUUUAUCUAGCAAACUCGAAGAACUUAAGGAACACAUUCGGAAAGAAAUACGAAAAGAAUUGAAAAUAAAAGAAGGUGCUGAGAAAUUACGGGAAGCUGCUAAAGAUAGAAAAUCAUUGGCCGAUGUCGCGUCCAUAUUGAAGAAGAGCAACACUAAACUUGCAGAUCUGCAGGCAGACGUGCAAGAAUUAGAAUCCCAAAUCAUUCUUACACAAUGUCAAGGAAAUACCAUCAUCAAUGGACAAAACGAUUCCCACGUUUCUCCAGUCACUUCGAGCACCGAUCCUCAAGAUCAAAGAUGGUUAUCGUUGGAAAAGCAAUUGAACAUCGAGCUCAAAGUGAAAGCAGGAGCCGAAAAUAUGAUCGCUAGUCUUGGUCACCGGGAUAGAAAACUCCUUGCAGAAGCUCAACAAAUGUUGCAAGAUUCCAAAGCGAAAAUUGAAUUUUUAAAAAUGAGAAUAAACAGAGCUAAACAAUUGAAAAAUGAUUCUCCGGCAAAUGGUGAUCGUUCCCAUAAAUACGACUCCCCGUUGGAGAUUCCUUUAGAGGAUCGAAUUGAAGAAUUGCGACACCGUCUUAGAAUCGAAGCAGCCGUUGUCGAAGGUGCGAAAAAUGCUAUAAAGUUACUUCAAAGUUACAAAGUAGCGGAUAAAAAAGCUUUAAACGAAGCUCAAGCUAGUUUGUCAGCGUCUAGUAAAAAAUUAGAUCUCUUGAGAUAUUCGUUGGAGAAAAGGCGUCAAGAACUUCCUCCGGAUUCACCGGCAUCCGCUCAAUUAAAAAAAGAAUUGCAAAGUGUUCAAGCUUCGAGUCCCGGAUCGAUCACGUAUACCAGUUUGCAACCUUUCAGAGCAGCCGAUUCCAGGCAAACAAAUCCAACGUCUCAUACUUCAUUUAGCCGAUGUGCUUCCGUCACGGGAAAAUUAGAGGUAAGAUUAAUGGGAUGUCAAGAUCUUCUGGAAGAUGUGCCUGGAAGAUCAAGACGAGACAAAGAUAUUUUGUCUAGUCCAAGCGAUCUCCGUUCGGUUUUAAUAAAAGGAGUUACAGGGAGAAGUUCCAGUAAGUCUUACAGCGUCAAAGAUGAAACCAGUCAAGAAAUCAUGGCUGUGAUCAAAUUGGAUAAUCAACAAGUGGCUCAAACAAGUUGGAGAGUUUGUUCUCAACAAGCUUGGGAUCAAAGAUUUUCAAUUGAGUUGGAUAAGUCGAGAGAAUUGGAGCUUGGAGUCUACUGGAGAGAUUGGAGGUCUCUGUGUGCCGUUAAAUUUUUAAAAUUGGAAGAAUUUAUCGAUGACGUACGACACGGGAUGGCGCUCCAACUCGAGCCUCAGGGAUUGCUUUUUGCAGAGAUCAAAUUUUUAAAUCCGAUGAUUUCGAAAAAGCCGAAAUUACAACGUCAGAGAAAAAUAUUCAAACAACAGGGGAAAAAUUUUCCGAGAGCCAAUCAAAUGAACAUAAAUGUCGCCACCUGGGGCAGAUUGUUGAAACGUUCUUCUCCGUCAAUACAAAAUUCUCAUCGCGUUCCCGAAGUCUCUCAAGGUACGUACCUAAACGGUUUCGAAGAAAAGCAAGAAGCACCUGGUGAAAUUCCAGAUCCCGUCGGAGGAGGUUUAUCCGGACCCCGACCGUUGGGUUUAAAUUUGGGCGUUGCAGUUCUUCCUCCUCUGCCUCCGGACACGCCUUCAUUACUGCCCUCGGCGAUAGCUCAAAAUCAAUUUAAAAAAAGAACUGUUGUUUCUCCUCCGGUGGUACCUCCUCUACCCAAUGCAAAAAUUGACACCGAGGUAAGGUCAAAAUUCUUACGGUUGCAGAACGUACUUGGGGAAUUUGACUUCUUACACGAAGAAGAUCGUUACGAAAAAGGUGGAGAAGAGAAAUCCCAAACAGGAGAUGGGAGAUCGAUUUCGGGAUCCCCGCAGCCGAUCAUUGAGUUCCCCGAUGAUGAGGUACCGGAAACGAUUCCUGUUCAACCCUCUGACUCGGUUAGACGACCAUCUUUAUCUCGUCGUCAAAGCGAACAUAGAGAAAACAGGGACAGCGCAUACGAAUCUAAAAGACAUUCGCAAUAUUCUGGAAUGUCUUUGGAUAAUUUCAGACUGUUGAGCGUACUCGGAAGAGGACAUUUCGGAAAGGUUAUUUUAGCUCAAUAUCGUAACACGAAAGAAUAUUUUGCAAUUAAAGCUUUGAAAAAGGGUGAUAUAAUAGCGCGUGACGAAGUGGAAAGUUUGCUGUCGGAAAAGAGAAUAUUCGAAGUGGCUAAUACUAUGAGACAUCCAUUUUUGGUUAAUUUGUUUGCUUGUUUUCAAACCGAGCAACACGUGUGUUUCGUUAUGGAAUAUGCUGCCGGAGGUGAUCUCAUGAUGCAUAUUCACGCGGAUGUAUUUUCCGAACCGAGAGCUAUUUUUUAUGCAGCUUGCGUCGUAUUAGGACUUCAAUACCUUCACGAAAGUAAAAUUAUUUACAGAGAUUUAAAACUAGAUAAUUUACUAUUGGAUACGGAAGGCUAUGUGAAAAUAGCAGAUUUCGGUUUGUGCAAAGAAGGAAUGGGUUUCGGUGAUCGUACGGGAACGUUCUGCGGGACUCCAGAAUUUUUAGCUCCCGAAGUUCUCACGGAAACGUCGUACACUCGUGCCGUUGACUGGUGGGGCCUCGGCGUUCUCAUAUUCGAAAUGCUCGUCGGAGAGUCUCCGUUUCCGGGCGAUGACGAAGAAGAAGUUUUCGAUUCGAUAGUUAAUGACGAAGUCAGGUAUCCGAGGUUUCUUUCUUUGGAAGCGAUUGCAAUCAUGCGUAGAUUGUUGCGUAAAAAUCCGGAAAGAAGACUUGGAUCGAGCGAAAGAGAUGCGGAAGAUGUUAAAAAACAAGCAUUCUUCAGAUUGAUAUCAUGGGAAGAUCUUUUGUUGCGAAAAGUCAAACCGCCUUUUGUUCCGACAGUGACUUCGUCCGAAGAUGUUAGCAACUUUGACGAAGAGUUUACCUCCGAACAACCACAAUUGACUCCACCCAAGGAUCCAAGGCCUCUAUCGGACACGGAUCAAACAUUAUUCAAAGAAUUUUCAUACAUGGCGGAUUGGUGCUGA